CUUCUUGGUCAUUUGUCUCGUUGUACGAAGAGUCGUAUCGCUGCUCAUAUGCCAGGCGAGCUCGUCUAGGCAUCCCUCUACUCUCUGUGUCUUGUUCCGCUCCGGGGUCUGUCCAGCAUGACCACCGCUUCAUCUUCGACGCUUCGGCCUUUUGAAAAACGGUUCAAGGCGAGCCAAAAACAAUAUACCGAUCAUUUGGAAACGACUGAACGUUUACAAGCUCAACUGCGGUUGGAUGCCGACGAGCUCGGCGCACAGGCGGGCUGGGAUCCAGCGACAUUACAGGGCGUCAACGCCUGGCUAGAUGAUAAGGCUUGCAUAUUUAGGUUUCUCAAGCGGAACGGGUAUGAUGAGAGAAAGGCUUACAGCGCAAUAUUGACUGCUCUGGCCAAUCGGGCGACUCAUUCUCUUCAUCAACCACUCCCAUCCAUCCCACCGUACUCGACAUCCCCGCUGUUUUACCUACUGCCCCUGCCACGUUUCACGGACAAAGUUGGUCGGCCAAUAGUCAUUCUUACUGCCAAGGAGGUGAAGAGAGAUAGUCAUGGAUCGAUGCAAGAUCUAUCACAGUGGAUCUGGUGGGGUGCGGAAAUGCUUAGACGGACAUUGAGAGAUCACUGGGUGAAAGGGAAAUGGACUGAUGGCAAAACGAAAGCCGAAGGCGGUGAAGGCUGUGUCCUCAUCAUCGAUGCCGGAGGGUCUAGCUAUCGUAAUCUGGAAGUUGAGCUCGUCCCAAUAUUCAACGUCAUUGGGUCUAAGAACUUUCCAGGAAUGAUUGAAAGUGCUUUCGUCAUUAAUGCUGGCUGGGUUCAGCGCAGUCUGUGGAGUAUAUUGAGACCGAUUUUACCCAAACCAGCCGUGGAAAGGAUCAGUUUAGUGGACAAGACUAAGGAUAUGGGCGAGGUUUUUGAUCUUGAUCGUUUACCUCAGAUCUUUGGCGGGAGAGAUCCGUGGAAAUGGGCGCCUGAAGACAAUCCAGUCUUGGCAUAUUAUCAAUCCCAUGCGUUGACUCCGGAUAAAAAGGCAUCACCAUGCUUGCAACCAGGUUCGUUGGGUUCGUUUUCUUCGACCGCCGAAGUUUUCUAUACCGCCAAUAACACUCCUAUCUCAAGCAGGCGAACCAGUCGACGUUCGAGUCGUGUGAUCGAUCGAUCUUCCAUUGUCAUGACCAAGGCCGAGGAGGCUCAAGGAGACCGUAUCGAUAUUGUCGCCGCCCUCCAGCAAGCAGGCCUUGUCGAUAAUGGCAAGCCACAACCCGUCUCUCAAGCGUCGACAACGACCGGACCGUCUCGUGCUAUGUCUACAUCAUCUUUAAUAUUUCCUUCUGCAAUCGAACGCGUCAAAUCCCUAGCCGACUUCCACCUCUACCUCUCACCCUCUCGACUUGCGCAAAUUGAUGGUCUUUCCGAUAUCAGUGAUGAUGCGCCUCAUCAUCUGGAGCUGCCCGCUCCGAUUCCCCAUCGCAUGCUCCGUCCCGCUUUUCUCAACCCUCAAAUUCCGAUCACCGUCAACUACGCUGCUGCUCGACCUCUUCGACCACCACUUCGCACCAUGGGUAUACCCGGUCAUAUCGCUCAGGACGAUCAUGUCCGGAGCUAUUCCACCGACUUGAUGAGACACCAUGCCAAGAGUCUCGUCAAACUAGAUACCGAUGCUGCAAUUGCGAGGACCAAGUCAACCCUGGGUAACGAUGUGAACAAGUCCGCGCAAGAAUCUCAGGAGACCGUCGGUGAAGACGAGCAGCCUAGUCCAUCUGAUCCUGCAGAUCCCGAACUUGGUUCACAACCGAAUGUGACACAUCCCAUAUCUGCAUUUUCCCGGUCCUCGAAUCCCUUCUACGGAUACCCAGCUGUUCGCGUCUCGGAUAUAAACCAUCCAGGCCAGUCUGCCAUCGUGCCUCAGUAUCCCAGACGGCGGAAGCGAGAUUUGGUUAGGACACUCUUAUUCCUAUUCCUCGUCCGACUUCAGUCUUGGCGAGUGUUUACCGAGCGAUCUUUGGGACUUCACCGACUUAUUCGAUCGACUCCGGCUCAACGCCUAGCUUCCGUUACGAACCCUUCCCAGGGACUUAUCAUGGAGGCUCGGCAGAAUAAUUCCAGGGCUGUAUCCUUGCGCAAAAAGUGGGACGCAGACUGGAUCUGGAUGGGUAUCGUCUUUGUCAUCAUGCGAGGAGCUUGGGGCCGUCUGAUAUCUGGUCCGCUCGAGGCGGUCGGCCUGAGUGGAUUCCGAGAUUUCUUGGGAUUGCACUGA